CUUCCAAUUGGGAAGACUCAAGCUCCCUGAAAGGAACGGCUACAAUGGAUGCGGUGGUAGAGCUUACUCCAACACGAUGGAGAUGACGACGACUCGUCCGCUUCCAGUUGGGAAGACUCGAGUUUCCUCCCCAAUUCUUGAUCCACUCCUUGCAUCUCGAUCUCUCUUGACUCCUCCUCGCGAUGGAGAUGACGACAGCUCCACCGACGGUGACGCGUGUGAAGGAGUUUGCGGUGAUGGGUGCGAAGGAUUUGGCAGUGGCGAUGACGGGUGCGAAGGAUUUGGCGGUGAUGGAGCUCCCAUAGCUACUCAUCCUUCGGCGAGCCCAAAACUGUAACUGGCAAGCAUAUGGAACGCAGACCACCAACUGGCUAGCAAAAUAUGUUCUUGGACGUUUAAGAAGAGAAGGAGAAUGCAUAUUGAGAUUCUUUGAAGCUAAACCCUCCCCCAGAUCGAGAUUUUCUAGAGAACAUAUCAAGAUCCCUCACCGGCGACCAAUGGGUUUUCUUCGACAAGAACCAAAUUCUUCUACCAGUGGGUUUUUGUGAGUAGGAUAUAAAUGCAGACUAAAUCU